AGGAUAUUCAUCACAGUAUUCACUGGAAAGUGGCCUACUUCCAUCCACACUACUGUAAUAGUUCUCAAACUUUAAUUCCAAUGGUUUCAAGAUUGUAAAAUGGGGACUUUUUGAACUAUUUUCUUUGUUCCGAUUAUUUCGUAUCCAGGGCUUCUGCUGUAGAUCGGUUUGAAGGCGAGGUUACAACUUCGUAAACUUCGUAAGGAUUCUGUAUGAAUGACUCUCGAUCAGGCAUUCUUAUCACGGAUUAUCAACAAAUAGCUGGGCUUUCGGCUAAUUUAGGCGCGUUAGAAAAUGCCUACAACGAUGAUCAGAAGUAAAGUGAAAUAUAAAAAGAUUUCUGACGAUGAUGGCUACAUUGACGCGCAGUUUAUAAAGCCUCCCCCAAAGGUACCCUGGAAGGCCUUACUGCUGGCAGUUUUCUUAUUCUCCGUGGGAACUCUUUUACUUGUUUUUGGAUCACUACUCUUUACGGGAUAUUUCGAUGUGAAGUAUGCUGAUCGGACUUAUCCAUUGUUGAUCCUUGGUUCCCUAAUGUUCAUCCCAGGCUUCUACCAUGUCAGAAUAGCUUACUAUGCUUGGAAAGGUUAUAGGGGAUACUCAUUUGAAGACAUUCCUGACUUUGAUUAAGAGGCAUACACCAGCUUGCUGUAUCGUGCGCUGUAAAAGAAAAAUGACAGAAAGCCUGGCCGAAAAUCAGGGAAAAUAGUGCCACUCAUGUCAUGCAAGGAUAAAAAGAAAAAGUGCGUGGCUUAAUUAUGAAGAUACCAGAAACUCUUUUGCUGCUGGUAUCAAUAAUUUUUGAAAAGAAUGCAGCUGAAGAAACAACGUUGUUAUUGAAAGAAAGUUGGAGAGAUCAUAAUGCAAGAUUUUUAUUGUUAAUAUUAAGUAGUAUUAUUUAUAAAGUAAAUUAUGACUAUCAGCUCAUGAAAAUUCAAUUAAAUAAAAAAAGGUCUCUUCACUGAGGAUUGAAGGGUACUCCAGGAUAUGA